AACUCGUAACGUGGUCCGAUUCUUGUAAAUAAUAUCUGUGGCAUGUCUUCGUUAAUAACUGAGUUAAAUAAGCUUUCCUGCUUGGAAAAUGUGGCAACAGAACUAUGUGCAAAAAUGCAACUUUCGAACCCAAGGGAAUGUUCGCCAUUUGUUAAAUGUAAUGAUGCCGUGAUCGAGCUGCUGAUUGAAAAUACGAAACUUAAGCACCGUCUUGCCAUAAUCAACCAAGCAAUAUCCGCUGAGAAGGAAUCCGUCCUGAAAAUUAACAUUAAUUCUGCACUUUUGAUUACGGAGCACUUGGAGAAUAUAUUUUCCCAAGCGAUUGGACUAGCUUACCCUGCCUUCAGUCAAAUUCCUGUUAUCAUUGCUGCAGUAAAUAAUGUGGCGUCGAAAUACGGAGAUUACCAAUGUAACAAUGCCAUGGGAUUGGCAAAGAAAAUGAAAGAAACUGGUAUUAACAUAACACCGCGUGAGAUUGCUGUAAAUAUACAGAGGUGCUGCCCGGCUUCACCAAUAAUAGAGAAGAUAGAAGUGGCUGGCGCAGGUUUCGUGAAUGUUUUUCUUAGCAAAAAAUAUGCUGUAGAUGCCUUAACCAAUAUGUUACGUGUUGGCAUCAGCCCACCGAGCGUGCCUAAAAAACGCGUUUUAGUCGACUUUUCCUCGCCGAAUAUUGCAAAGCAAAUGCAUGUUGGCCAUUUACGUUCUACUAUUAUUGGCGAGUCAAUAUGCCGCCUUCUAGAGUUCUUACAACAUGAUGUAAUCCGCAUAAAUCAUCUGGGCGAUUGGGGUACACAGUUUGGGAUGCUAAUUGCGCAUCUUGAAGAUCGAUUUCCCCAUUUCCUGACUGAGAGUCCACCAAUCGGAGACUUACAAGCUUUUUACAAGGAAUCAAAAAAACGUUUUGAUGAUGAUGAUGAUUUCAAAAAACGAGCCUAUAACCACGUUGUAACUCUUCAAGCCGGUGACGAAAAAUCAAUAAAGGCAUGGCAACUCAUAUGUGAUGUUUCGCGUCAAGAGUUUAAAAAAAUUUAUAAUCGAUUGGACGUAACUAUCAAGGAACGUGGCGAAUCAUUUUAUCAAUCACGCAUGCUGUCAAUCGUAGAAUUCUUGCAAAGGAAAGAUUUGUUGGAACUGGACGAUGGACGCAAAAUUAUGUGGCCGAACGUCAAAAAGAGUGGAAUACCGUUAACCAUUGUAAAAUCUGAUGGUGGUUUUACAUAUGACACUUCUGAUAUGGCUGCCAUUAGACAUCGAAUAGAAGAAGAACUUGCAAAUUGGUUAAUCUACGUUGUGGAUUCUGGUCAAAGCACUCACUUUAAUUCUAUCUUUGAAGCUGCAGAGCGAUGCGGCAUUGUUAAUCUGAAUAUGCAUCGUAUCGAUCACGUUCAGUUUGGCGUAGUUCUAGGGGAAGAUGGCAAGAAAUUUAAGACACGCUCGGGAGAUACUGUCAAGUUGUCCGAUUUGUUAGACGAGGGAAUGAAGUACUCUUUGAAACAGCUACAGCAAAGAGGUCGUGACCAAAUUUUGUCACCAAAAGAGUUGAGCGAUGCACAAGAAGCAAUAGCGUACGGUUGUAUCAAGUAUGCAGAUUUAUGUCACAACCGUAUAAGCGAUUAUGUGUUUUCUUUUGAUAAAAUGCUGGACGAUCGAGGAAAUACUGCAGUUUAUUUACUGUACACAUACACACGCAUUUGCUCAAUUGCUCGCAGUUCAGGCGAGGAUUUUACCAAUUUGUCAAAGAUUUUAGAUACAUUUAACUUAUUGUUGGAACAUGAAAAAGAAUGGAAACUUGCUAAAACGUUGCUGAAGUUGUACGACAUAAUAAUGAAGUGUUCAAAUGGCUUAUAUCUUCACUUUCUUUGUGAGUAUUGUUUUGAGGUCUGCACUGCAUUUACUGAGUUCUAUGAUAGUUGUUACUGCAUUGAAAAAGACAAGUCGGGUCGAAUUAUUAAAGUUCACCACAGCAGAAUUUUAAUAUGCGAAGUAACGGCUGCCGUAUUGCGAAAAUGUUUUUAUAUUUUAGGAUUGAACCCUGUUGCUAAAAUGUAAUUAUAUUCAACUACGAAAAUUGCUCAAUAUAUGCAUAUAAAAAAACACGAUAAAAUCAAAAAUUAAGUAUAUUUCACUUUACUAAAGAAGGGAAAUAUAUAUCACAUGGCAAAACAAUGUAAGCUUCAUUAAAAAAAUAAAUAUCAGUAUCGAUAUAGUAAUGACAUAUACAGAUUAAA